UAUUUUUCCCUUCCCCGACUCUUCCCCCACAUCACCACCACUCCCACCCAUCUCCUGCUCGUCCCGAGCAGCUGGCAGCAGAACCUACACGGCUGUGCGAGGGGCUGGCCGCUGGAAGGUUGAGUUGCCAGAGCCAGAGGGACUGCCCGAUUCCCACCUCCCCCGGAAACCCCCUCAAAUGCCUGAACCAAAGAAAAAGGAGAAGUACGUCCUCCUGGAUGAUGACUCGGAGUGUGAGACCGAGGAGUUCAACAAGAUGAAGAUGUCCUGGAUGGACACCCGCUCAGUGAAAGACGGGAAAAAAUACGUGGCAGGCAGACCUGGCAGAAGUUCUGCAUGGUGUCAGCCACAGUGGAUUUGUCACAGUUGCUUCAUCUUUAUCCUCCUCAUUUCUCAAAUAUUUUUGUUUCUCUAUAUACUGAGGCAACACCAGGAGCUAGAAAUAUUAAAAUUGGAACGAGGCAUCAGUAAGCAACAAGAAACCAUUCAACAGUUUGACAAGCAGCUUUACAGCGAAAUGGACAAAGUGGAAGGAAAUGCAAACUUAAAAUCUGAACAAGAGGAACCACAUGAAGAGUUUGCCAAGAUAUUACCCUCAGUCCCCCAAAACAAAACCCCGGUAUAUGGAGUCCCACCUGAUGCACAAGUGGAUAAUUCACAGGAAAUACAAGCUCUGGCUAAGAAGAUUAACAUCAUGCAGGGUAACAUCACCCAUAUCAGAGAAAAUCUGAAUUUAAUGCAGGCUAAGUGUGAAGAGUUUGCUGGAAAUGUGGAAGACAAGUCAACUGAUAACCAGGAGCUUUCCAGACUGUACAAAUUGGUGCGGAAACUGAAUGUGUCUACAGUUUCCAGUACCCUGGAAAUAAAGGAUGAAAUUCAUGAACUUCGCAAUUUAACAGCUGAACUCACCCAACAAUUCAGGUCCAUGGAAACAAAUCUGCAUUAUCUUAGAGAGCUGACAAACACACAGGUUAUUGAACUAGACCAGUUUGAAGAAUCAUUAGAAAGAAUGCACAACAUGUCAGAAAAUUUGAAGUCUCGCCAAAGUCAACUGGAACAGGAUUUGGAUAGCAAUUUCCAACAGAUCUCACAGUUGAAGGAUGAGACUUAUCAAAGAGAAGUUGCAUUGAACCAAACAAGCCAGCCCUCUGCAACUAUGGCGCAACUCCAAAUCGAAAGCACUCCAUAUCCACCACCACAGCAGACAGAAAGUUCCAAAGUCACAUCAUUAAUGAGCCAUGAGGAUGAUGGAAAACUAGAUGUCCAGACACCUGCUACAGAAAACACCUCGCAUAAAUCUGUGCUCAGAAACAUCAUUUCAAUUCCUUCAAUAACAAAUUUGAAAGCAUUGCAGUCAUUUUUCUAUGAUGCAGACUGGACUGGGCGUGGCUACCUGACGUAUAGGGACCUAGUGAAUACUCUUGGUCAAUGGGCACCAACUGAAGAAAACAUUAAACAGUUUGAUGAAGAUAACAAUGACAGAUUCUCCUAUACAGAGAUGAUCAAUGCUUUAGGACUACAAGAAUAAAGCAGUUGAUCAACUUGAUCAAGAACAAAUGUCUACACAAUUAUCUUACCACUUCAAAACCAGACUAACACCUAUAUCAAUGCUUUGCACUAACAUUAGAAAUUUCUACAUAUAAUAGAAAUUAAAGAAAAAGUAGAAAUUAAAGAAAAAAUAGAAAUGCUAUGAUUAGACUCAGAUCGUAAACUAUUUUAGCAGGGAUAAACUCUUCAGUUCGUCGCAUCUAAUCCAACAUUUCUUUGUGAUUCAAAUGGUUAAAAUAUUGCAGCUUGCAUUUUACAAAUAUUGUACAUUGAAUAGUUCCUAUAUUUAAUUUGGAACGCAUGUUUUAAAGUUAAUGAUUGGUUUCAUAGUACUUUAUUCCAAAAUGUGACCAAUUUA